UUCUCCCAAACCAUCUCUCUUAUUUGUGAGAACGCUAAUUGCAGUCAAGUGGAUGAAGAUCAAAUGCCCAAAAUUGCUUUUCAUGCAUAUAUUAAAUUGUAUAUGAUUCUCAUUUCACUAAAAUGGAACCAGUUUUUUAUUACGUUUCAUGGGUAUACUCUUUUAAGGUACGGAAACCAAUUUUUGACCUUUGGUCUUCAUCAACCUGACGGCCAUUCAGAAUUAUCUCCCAUUCGUCAUCACACCUCGUCUCCCUUCCUUUCUCGUUUUUGGAAAAGCGAGCAGGGUACUUUUUUGUAAAAACUUGAAACCAAUUUUUGACGACAAGGAAAAAAAUUUCAAAACGAACAUAAAGAGAACUCCUGUUGUCUUUUUUACCAAAAUGUUUGAAUACAAAGACUCUCUUUUGUUAUUAAUUUUUUCUUAAGUUUAUAUUUGUAUAAUAUUGCAUUUGCAAGGUGCACAUUUAAAAGCAAUCAAGGUUUAUGUAGAAACGUACAUCGCAGGGUUCUAUGUUCUACAUAUAGGACAUUAUAUACACUUAGACUAUUGUAAACCACGUGUACUAGUUGUGUGUCAGGACGAGAAAAUGGAGAUCCACCCUGUGCAUAAUCCCGCCUAUAAGAAACCAUAGCAUGCAUCUUUGGGAAAGGAGAAAAUGGGGAGUUGAGCAAAGGGAGGUAGAUGUCAACUUGGAGAACGAGUACGAGAGAGACAUGAAGAUUUGACAACAUACAGAAUAGGAAGGGAUAUACAAAGAUUUAGUCUCAGUUGGCGCAGACUCUGAUGCAGCCAAUCGUCGAACUGCCAACAACGCUACCAAACGUGAAUCUGUCGUCGCGGCUAAGUCCGCCGUUCCACGCGUUAAAGAAUUUUCUUCAUACGACUGAUUUUCAAAAAUUCUUUAUUCCUAUCCGUGGUUUUAUUUAUUGACAUCUGUCAAUUUUCACAAUUUUUGCUGUAUAACGUGUUGAACAAAAGACCUGUCAAAAUCUUUUAUAUACAUUUCUUCAGGUGCUGUUUACUUCCGGUGGUUUUAAUAUUUAUUUCCUGACGUGACAUCUGAGAACUUUACUGUUUCCCGCCUUAAAUUAAACGCUUCAAAGUAUUUACAUUGAAAGUGGUAGGGACAAUUUUAUUGAAGCAUUUUGAUGCAUUUCUUUUAUUUCUUCCUUUUCAUUUUUCAUCAUUAUUUUAUCUGAAUCCAAAAAUAUAGGACUUUAAUUUGGUUUUGCAUUUCAAGAAAACAUAAACCACUUUUGUGUUAAGAACAAGAAAAGUCCCCCUUUAACGGGACAUUGUGGUAAUGUACGAUAGCUCAAGCUGUUCCUAUACAGCUGCGCUAGACUUAAAAGGACCAUCAGGAACUGAAGCAAUUGCUACAGGUGUUGCUAUCACGUCAUCUGGUGUCAAACAAGAAAGUUGGCCGUACAGAAGUCUUGCUUGUGGCAGUACAUUUCAGCAACUGAAGCAAAGCGUCGAAAAAGCUAAACAAGCUCUUGCAGAUAGAGGAGGAUAUCUUGCUGGUGCAUUUUCUUCAUCAUCCCGAGUUAACUCUUCUGCUAUUUUUCCUACGACAUCUCUCACUGAUGCCAGUGGUACAUACAAAGGAGGCUGGAGCCACGCUACAUCGCCAGCUCCAGGACAAGGUUACGGAAGCAAUUUAUCAAAAUCAGCACUGGAUUCACACACACAUCUUAGGCAACCUGAUCCUUAUCAAAUGUUUGGAGCGACUAGCAGUCGCCUUGCAAGUUCAGGUUCUGGUCAAAUUCAACUAUGGCAAUUUUUACUUGAACUUUUGUCAGACUCUAGUAACGCUGCAUGCAUCACAUGGGAAGGAACGAAUGGCGAAUUCAAGUUGACAGAUCCCGAUGAAGUUGCGCGACGAUGGGGAGAAAGGAAGUCUAAGCCUAAUAUGAAUUAUGACAAAUUAUCUAGAGCCUUAAGGUACUAUUACGACAAAAACAUCAUGACAAAAGUUCAUGGAAAGAGGUACGCGUAUAAGUUCGAUUUCCAGGGCUUGGCUGCAGCUACACAACCAGCCACAGCAGACCCAGCGGCCUACAAGUAUCAAAGCGAACUUUUCAUGUCCGGGUAUGGACACGCGAAGCUCAACCUAAUGCCGCCGCCAGCUGCUUCUGUCUCCGUAUCAGUACCUGGCGGUCUUUUUCAGUCAGCUUCAAGUUACUGGUCCACUAGUCCUGGGGCGAAUCUUUACGCAAGCCACCAUACACCGUCGGGUCAUGUACCUCCACAUCUUGGCUCCUAUCCUCAUUAUGCAUGACCCACUGCGGAGCAUUGGGGUACUUUGGGAACCCCGCGUUGAAUACUUUUCCAAGUGUCUCGUCACUGUUGUUCCAUGUAUGUGCACUGUAGUACAAUUGCCACUUAAGCAGGUAACUGUGUACUCCAUGCCAUUCCUCUAUCUGACAGUAUCGUAUGCGUACAUGCUGCUGAUGAUGAUAGCGGUUAUCUUUUAUGGUGCAAAACCUUUGUAUAUAGAGAUAUAAUGGAGGUGGAUAUAAAGGGAGGAUUGUGUAUAGGCGGAUUCUCAAGUACGCUAGCUACAAUUUUACUAUUGAAGAUGACUUGGGAUAAUAGGAUUAUAUUGGCAUUAGUUGUCAUCACCAAAGAAUUACCAGAAACUCAAUUUUAUGACUGAACUAUAGUGGGAACAUUUUCAAAAUCUAUUUGUAGUGAAGAAACAGUUAAUUUACAGUCUGUAAGUGAACUAACUAUUGUUUUAUCUCUUAAACUCAAGCGUGAGAGACGUCUUGUAAAAAAAAGUUAAUAUAUGUUAUAAAACAAUUAAUAGUACAACUUUAUCUUUUUCAACACAUUCAUUUGUUUUCAAAUAAGUAUGCGGAAUAUUCUACUUUCUUGGGUUUAAAAAAUAAAUAUAUUUUUAAAAUAA